UAUUUCUCAGGCGCCCUGUUCCUUGUGUUUCACUACUACAGUGUCCGCCCUACUUCUUUGAAACCGCCCAUUUCCAUUGACGACAGCGCUCUCUUGGUGCACACAAGCACGAUAGUGGUUCCAGGUGCCCUCGGGCUGACCAGUUCGGUUGUUGAAGGGGUAUUGUUCCCUGACGUUGGUUGGUUGGUUGCUAUAUGACUAUCGUAUUGCCAACAUAUAAUAAUAUACCGUCUCUUUGAACGAAUCUCACCUCUUCUUCCGCUUCUUCCGACCAUUUGCUCACGACCAUGUCUAUUCGCCUCGUCAAGACUCCCUUUUCUUCACCUUCGUCUUCACCCUCAUUCUCCAGCGCCACUAGCCGUGAUGCGGGCAUCUUUAACUCUAUUGACCAUAAUCUCUCCGCACGGUCUUCUGCUCCCAAAACAGCCGCUGCCUUCCGACAAGUGACUGCUAGACCUCGGGGACCUCGACCAGGUGCCAUACCAUCCUCUGCUUGCGCUCAAGGAGACGGUGUGCCUGCUGUGGGAUCUAGGCCUAGCAUUCCCAGGCGGCCCUUGUAUCUCCGUGGUCGGACCAGUCCGUACGCUCAUGCUCUCGCUCCGAAAGGCUCUGGUUCAAGAAACACCAGGGUCAUGUCACUACGUUCCGGUGCACCGGGCUUCAACGCUGUCCACGAAGAGGACGAGUCCGAAUGCGAAUCGGAGGAAACCAUGAAUCGGAACCAAAAUCGUUACAUCCACCAUCAAACUUACGAUCCCAGGACACACCGCCCGCUGCCUGAUGUCGUACUCCCAGUCACGUUCUACAAGCCCCUUCCCUACGCGGCUUCAUACAAUGCAUCUGACCCCAAUGCAUUCGCUAAACAAGUGGCUGGGCUUCUACUCAGUCGUGUUCUUGAUGGGCGAUCUUCGCCGAGGUCCAAGGAGAACAGGUCAUAUGUGAAGAGCAGCUUGUCCCGAGUUGCCGUCAGCAUCUGAGCAUUCACGGUAGGCACCCUUGAUGAAACACGUUGGGGCCUCGCUGACUCGGAUUUUCAGGUGUUGAGUUUAACGGAGUGGUGUCCAUUGAAUUUUGUCUCACGAUUCGAUCUUGGUUUUCUUGGGUUUUACUUUAUAGAGGCGCUCGCGCUACCUUUUUCCCACCCACUUGUUACUGAUGUUGUACCAUCAACAUUGUUUUACCGUUAUGUACCUGCAUCUGUAUAUCACACAUCAUCUGCUAGCGCUCAGUACUUCUGAAGGAGGAAAUGUAGUAUCAAAAUAUGUUCAAGUCG